CGCCUGCGCAGUGCGGGCGCGCGAGGGGCGGCGGCGCUAGCCCCGAGUCGCCCGAGCUAUUCAACUUUCCUGGAUGUCGAUUGCAGUGUGCCACUUCUUCACAUGCUGAAGUGUCUUCUUCUGAAUCAAACAAAACAUUUCAAGCAUAAGAGCAUAUAUUGCUUUAAUUACUAACCAAAUACCUUGUUCAAGAGCACCAUUUGACAGCAGUGGAACCUGCAUUGCUCAUGAUCCAUGAGGAUAAUCCAUACUUCCACCUGUACUUUACCUCCAUUAAGAACUUGACCUGGGAAACACUGGCAUGUGAAGGAAUAGUUGCAAAGCUGGUGGUCUGCUUAACUCCUUGAUUCUUUUUCCUUUAUCUGAUAGACUGUAGAAAGCUGUGAGUAGAGCAUGCUGGGCAGGCUUGUGAACAGGAUCCACGUAGGAUACUUCUGAAUUGAAAUGGCAUUUAACCACACUUGCUGUUAUUAGACCACUCACCAAAUCCUAUGCACGCUAGAGCCUGACCUUGAAAUCUGGAAACGGCUGUAACAGAGCGAGGUCAAAAGACAAGUCUAGAUCAUCAUGUAAUCUGUUUAGAGAAGGAUUACUCUGUUUCCUGCACUAACCUAGCAUUAAAAAGACAUCCCAGAACUCAGAAUCAGAACUGAGUCUGUAACUAACUGUAAAUAGAUACACCAGAGUGCUGCUGUGUCCCGUCAGUCAGCUGUUUUGACUAAGCAGCCACGCAUCAUUCCUCCAAAGGGAAAAAUCCACCUCUGCAUUCUGCUUGGCUUAAGCUACUCGAGCUCUGUUCUGUCAGAUCUGAUUUCCAAUAUCCAUAUCCUUGGGACAGAAAUGCUCUGCAUACAGUCUUAUUCUUUUUUAUUUUGUGUGUGUGUGUUGUUUUCCUUCCACCUCCUCUUUGCAGUCUUCCAUGACUGUCAGCCAGUGAACACGGGAAGCCAAGACAUUAUUAGGCCAGUUAAAUUAUGUAGCUGCUUCUUCCAGCAGAUUUCUUUCAAUAGUUUAGAGCAUUGUUUAAGGCAACCUCGGAGCAGGAUUCCUGCACCCUCACCUGUCCAAGCAUAUGUCGGCACAUGAACUGCAGGUACUGUUGGCAGCAAGACACAACCUGGGCACGAGCGGAGUGUCCGCAAAGGUUUCCCAGUCAGACUCUACAGGUUUCAUUCCAGAGAAACUGCGUCCUCAUUUCUGUAUGAAUAUUCCAAGUUUAUUUCAUUUCACAUUCUUACUGAGAGAAGUACGAACACCAUCAUGGAGACUGUGGAUUUUGAGGAAGCAGCAGUUUUCCCUGCCCAGAGUGCCCUUACUUCAGGCAGCGAGGAAGAACUCUUUCAAUCUCCUUGGACUAAAUGAGGCAGAAUUAGAAGAACAGUUUGUAAGAGGUAAUGGCCCAGGAGGUCAAGCCACGAAUAAGACAAACAACUGCGUUAUCUUGAAGCAUAUUCCAUCUGGGAUUGUAGUGAAGUGUCACCAAACAAGAUCAGUGGAGCAGAACCGAAAGAUAGCCCGAGAAAUCCUGCAGGAAAAAGUUGACCUUUUCUACAAAGGUGAAGAGAGUGAUGUUUUUAAAGAGAAGAAAGCGUCAGAGAAAAAGAAGCAGGAGAAAAAAAGAAAAGCAAAGGAAAACUUAGAAAGGAAAAGGCAUUUUAAAGAGAUGCAAAAAUUGGAUAAGCAAUAAAUGCGUGAAAUGCCAACCUGCCUAGUCGGCACCCUCGUUGGCUGCCAUCGUUUUGGCCUUCAACAGUGACAGGAAAGCCCUUGGAGAACCAAAGCCAUGGGAUGUAUUUUGAAAGCACUGGAGACUACUAGCAACUACACCGCCUCCUUACAGAGAUGGACUGCCGCUGGGCUGUGCCGGGAUGGAGACUCAGCAGCACCCUGCAGCCCUGCUCCCUUCUCUGUUCCUGAACUUGAGCUUCCUGCACAAAGGUUAACUUUUUAUCUGUUGAGAUUUUUUGUUCAUGGAGUAUAAAUCUGAUUGAAGUGACUGUACAUAGUUUUGAUACAAACUGUUAAUGAAAAUAAGCUUUAUUACGUCAAGUAAUAAAUACAUACAAAGAUGCAAAUAACA